AAGGAGUAAUUAUAUGCGCGAGUAAUUUUCACAUCCUUGGGAAACUAAUCUCUCAAAAUAGACUCAGAUUAUUGUUUUUGGUGAAGGAGAAAGAAUGAGUUCUGCAGGGUCUGGCAGAGGCAAGCCCAAGGCAGCCAAAUCCACUUCCCGAUCUCACAAGGCUGGCCUCCAAUUCCCCGUCGGCAGGAUCGCCCGAUUCCUCAAAGCCGGCAAGUACGCCGAUCGCGUCGGCGCCGGCGCCCCUGUCUAUCUCGCCGCCGUCCUCGAAUACCUGGCCGCUGAGGUUCUGGAGCUGGCGGGGAACGCGGCGAGGGAUAACAAGAAGAACAGGAUCGUCCCCCGCCACAUUCAGCUGGCUGUGAGGAACGACGAGGAGCUGAGCAAGCUUCUCGGUGACGUCACCAUCGCUAACGGCGGCGUUUUGCCCAACAUCCACCAGCAUCUCCUCCCCAAUAAGUCCGGCAAAGGCAAGGCCGAUGCCUCGCAAGAAUUUUAAAUUCCUUUUUUUUUCUUUGGAAAGAUUCAAAUCUUGUCCGUUUUUUUAAAGAAUGAAAUAAAGUAAAUUUGUUGCAGAAACUAUAGAGUAUUAUAUAUUUAUAUUUCAGCCAAUAAUUCUGCAAAAUUAUU